AUGUGGUCGUUGUUCCUUUUAGGUCUUGCGCCAGCUUUGGCGGUAGCGCAACAAGGUGAGCAAUCAGUCUCGGUUCGCCGUUGUGGCCGCACAACACCAUCAUCGUCGUUCAAUGUCUCCUCGUCACUCGUUACACCUACACUCGUUACCCCUGUGCUUGCAAUUAAACCCACGCUCUCUAUCAAUUCAACAUUAUCGGCUUCAUCGACGAUUUCAGAGACUUCACGGUUCACUGAAUUGGCUGCCAUCUUGCUUGACAAUGACGUCCCGGAUUCGUCGUCGGACUCAUCUUCUUCAACGACAGCAUCUACUUUGUCCACGCCUAUUAGUCCGGUAGCCAUCUUGGUCUCGGCAAGCUCAACUUUGGCGGACUCGUCGAAUACGUCCAUACUGACAACAUUUUCCAAUCUGGCAACCUAUUCCGGCACAUCAGUUUCAUCAGUUCCAUCUACUUCAUCCACUCCCUCAGCUUCUUUUGAUAUUCCUGGUUCACCCUCUGUGUCUGUCUCAUUGACUUUUGUUGUCACUCCUACAGGGUCCGUGACGUUGUCUGCAGAUAGCACGUCCACAACCGCAUCCAGUCUCGAUUCCUCGGCGGUUUCUAUUUCUUCAACCUCUACUGGGUCUUCAUCGGUUGUCACUGUUACACCAGGUGGAACUGCUAUCGCUUCUGCGAUUGCCUAUGCUCAGAGCAAUGGUUACCCAACGGUCACCAUUAAAGCAGGUACCUACACAGAGGCUAUUACAGUCUCGGCUACCGCUGCUGUCACUAUUGUUGGCGAAACAAAUACAUUAGAAGCUCGUGAUGGCUCUGGCUCAAGUGACUACACUCGGAACUUGGUGACUAUCGUAAACUCCGCGGCCGUACCCUUGACGAUCUCGUCAACGUCUGUCAAAGGUCUUACGUUUAGGAACAUCAACUUCAGCAACACCAACUCCGCAUCAAAUUUGGGCGCAGUUUCACUUCAAGGCUCUCAACAUGCGUUUUAUUCCUGUCAAUUCGUUGCAGCUGGUGCAGUUGGUAUUCAGGGUAAACUUUCGUCUGCUUUGAUUGCAGACUCCUACAUUGAGGCACCGGACAAAGUCAUCUAUCAAUACCCGUCCUUGUAUAUUUACAGCUCGACAAUCGUUGCGACUAGCAACAAUGCCAACCUUAUUUACACUCAAGGGUCCACCUCCGGCACGACACAGUACAAUUCGACAAUUGUUUUCGACUCGUGUAAUGUAGCACGGAAGAACGGAUAUACCAACACCUACGUUUACAUGUUUGCGGCAAAUGCUGUGGGAUCCGUGGCUGUCUACAGAAAUACCACGAUUGGUAGCCUUGUCGCUGCCACAGGCGCUCGUGUUGACACCAAGACACAAACUGUUGGGAAUACCUAUAUUGAAUUCCUGACUUCUGGAGCAGGCAGCUACUCGCAAAACAGUGCUGCUAGAUCACCAUACGUGACGCUUGCAACCUCUGGAUCCCAGUUGUUGUCUUACGAGAUCCCAGCGUUCUUCGCAAAUGUCAAUCCCUCUGUUGCCACAUCUCAGACCUCAUGGGUUGACAAAGGCGUGCUUGGCAGGAUUGUAGCAGGAAUCGCUGCACAGGAUAGCUCGAGCCCUGUCCAAUCCUCCAGCAGCUCAACAGUCUCGUUAACAAGUUCGAGUAGCAGUGUUGUGCCAUCAUCGUCGUCCGUCGCGACCAUCCCUUCCACGUCAACUACGAAUUCAAGCACAUCCAGCAGCCUCAUCUCCGGCACAGCUUCGACAAGUGCAUCGCUCACCCUGUCAUCUAGUGCGACCGCCUUUUCGACUAGCUCUGUGCCAUCGGGCUGUGUUCUCCCAGCGUCGGUACCUUCGUCUGCAAAGGUAGUUGGUCCAGCAGGAUCUUGUGCUACGUAUAGCAAAAUCGCAGACGCCGUGUCUGAUUUACCUUCUGAUUCCUCCACUCAGUAUAUUUAUAUACUUGCUGGAACGUACAAUGAACAGAUCACUAUUUCUCGCAGUAGUCCUACCAUCUUCCGCGGCGAAACGACAAACACCAUGUCAUACACCUCGAACACUGUCACCAUCCAGUACUCUGCUGGUGUUGCAUCAAGUGCCGGAGGCUCCGCCGGUACAUCGCCAUUCCAAGCGACACAGUAUUUUACAAAGAGCAUCUCGUUUUACAAUAUUAACUUUGCCAACACAUUCACGGCCAAGACGAACUACAAUGCCGUAGCAUUUGUGGGCAAAGCCCUUAAAACUGGUUUCUACGGCUGCAGCUUCCGGUCAAGUCAGGGCACAAUAUUGCUUAAUUAUGGAGCUUUCUACUUUGCCAACUCUUAUGUUGAGGGAACAAGUGAUUUCAUUUGGGGCCAAGGCGGUGCUUAUUUCUAUAACUCUAAGAUUGUUACAAUCGGUACCAGUACUGGUCAGAACAUAGCGGCUCAGGACUACCAGAACUCAUAUGGCCCGUCCAUCCAGGUCUACGACACAUGUGCCAUUGUGCCAUCCAGCAGCAGUGUUGCCCAAGGCUCAACCUAUCUAGGAAAAGAUUACUCGACCUCAUCGACUACGACAUCGUCGCGUGUCUACUACAUCAAUUCAUACCUAGAUGCGCACAUUGCCUCUGUGGGAUGGAAAGUAUCGGGCUCUUCCGUCAACGUGACUUUUAUCGAGGCAAACAACACGGGUCCCGGCGCAGCGACUGGAUCUCGUAGUUCUUAUGCUCAAAUCAAGUCAGACAGCUCCGCAUACACCGUGGCGUCCGUUCUUGGCGACUCUAGUUGGCUCGACACCUCUGCUAUUGCCCCUUUUGCCGGUUUCCCAGACUCUGUCUAUACUGCACAAGUAACUUCCUCGUCUUCAUUAGUGGCGUCCUCCACCAUGAGCUCCAUCUCGAACUCGACAAGUUCGUCUGCAACUGCAAGCGUUACGGCCUCUUCAACUGGUGCGGCAGCUACCUACACGGUAGCACCUACCCCAACUGACUCUCAAUUUGGAAGUGUCAUGUCUGCUGUCGCUGCGAUACCCGCAGACGGUAAAGCUUACGAAGUUUACGUCCUCGCUGGUACUUACAUCGAGCAGGUCUGGGUCAAUCGUACCGGAUUGGGCAAAGUCACACUGAGGGGCGAGACGCAAGCACCAAAUGACUUCACCGGCAACCUUGUGACUUUACAGUUUUCCUAUGGUGUUUCAACAAGUGGUACAGUUUCCAACGAGAACACCCCGAUUAUUAACUGGAAAAAGACUGAUGGGUCUGGACUUGCUUUGUACAACAUUGAUUUCGUCAACACUUAUCCGCAGACAGCAAGUACGGCAGCUCUUGCAGCAGAUUUCUAUGGAACCAACAUGGCGGCUUAUGGCUGUAGCUUCAAAGGAUACCAGGAUACGCUGCUCGCCAACCAAGGUGUACAAAUAUUCAGCAAUUGUUACAUUGAGGGCAGCGUUGACUUCAUCUGGGGUUACAGCAAAGCGUAUUUCCACCAAUGCUAUAUCGCCUCCAACACAGCUGGUGCAUUCAUCACGGCCCAAAACCGUCCCAAUGCUGCCUGGGCGGGAGGCUACAUUUUUGAUUCAUGUUAUGUGACUUACACCAGUGCCUACCUUGCUGGUAAGAGUUCUGUUGCUGCUACCACCUACCUUGGCCGACCUUGGUCCCAGUAUGCCAUUGUGGUGUAUAUGAACUCUUAUCUCGAUUCGCACAUCGCUCCGGCUGGAUGGAGUCAAUGGUCAACCAGCUCGCCACAAACGGCCAACGUCGUGUUUGGAGAAUAUAACAACACUGGUCCAGGUGCUUGGACAGCUUCCAAAACCCGUGCUUCUUUCGCUACGAACCUUACAGAAUCUCAGGCGGCCGCUUAUUCUUUGAGCACAUUCAUUGGUAGCACCUCCUUUAUUGAUUGGACGGCAUACAACUAUGCCCCGAGCUACUCUAUUGGAUCGACUCCGACAACGACUUCAUCACCGACCGCUUCGUCGUCAGCUAGUGCCACGGCCUCCGCGACUUGGGCACAUCCGACUAGUGGAACCGUACCUCCAGCUGGGGCUGUACUGGUCUCUCAAAAUGGUACCGCCGGCUCAUUUAGUAACUUGACUGCCGCUCUUGCGAGCUUGCCUGAUGAUGCGACCACCCAGAUUGUCUUCAUGUACCCUGGUACAUACAACGAGCAAGUUCCAUCAGUGGAUCGUGAUGGUCCUGUUAUGAUUAUCGGAUACACGAGCGGGAAUCCUGGUCAAUCUUACUCGGAUAAUACGGUCACCAUUACUCAUGCUCGAGGUCUUUCCGUCAGCCCGUUGCCUACCGGCCACUCUGACGCCGAGACUGCCACGUUCUCCACCGCUAGCACAAAGAUCUCGCUGUACAACAUCAACAUCGAGAACUCGGACAACCUUGAUGGAGCACAGUCAAGCUAUGUGACCUUAGCUGGAAGCAUAUAUGGCCAGCACAUUGGGUUCUAUGCUUGUUCGUUUGUUGGAUGGCAAGAUACGCUCCUUACAGGAAACAAGGCCGGGUACCAAUACUACGAGAGCUCUUACAUCGAUGGCGCUAUCGACUUCAUCUGGGGUUACUCAAAGGCGUACUUCAAAGGGUGCACGAUUGGAGCGAAGAGAGCGAGUUCAGCCAUCACUGCACACAGCCGUGCUUCGUUAACAGCUAUCGGAGGCUACAUUUUUGACCAGUGUCUUUUCACAGAAGCAAAGACGGCAACGGUGGACUUGACACAAUCAGUCUAUCUUGGUCGGCCUUAUAGCGCGUAUGCCCUGGUUGUGGUCAAGAACAGUUAUCUGGAUAAAAUCAUUGCUCCUUCAGGAUGGAAAGUCUGGAGCAAUUCGAACCCCCAGACUGAUCACAUCACCUUCGCCGAAUACAAUAAUUCGGGCCCGGGUAAUUGGGAAAAUAAUGCCGCGGCUAGAGUCGCUUGGCAAAAUUGUACACUUCUCACAAGUGACACUUAUUCGCUUGCAAGUGUCAUGGACAGCACGGACUGGAUUGACAUGACAUACUGGGCAAGUAUUACGGUGCCGACGCCCACCGCUUCCACAACGCCAACAGAAACAGCCACCGUACAGUAUGAUGGUACAAAGCCACCAAACGGGGCUUACAUCGUCUCCAAGACGGCAAUUGAGGGAGUAACGACAUACGACACUAUCCAAGCAGCUCUUGAUAAGCUCCCCACGUCCAGCAAGACUACGCCCACGGUUUUCAUUUAUCCUGGAAAAUACCAGGAGCAGCUCGUGUUGAACAAGUCCGGCACUACAAUUUUCCUUGGUUACAGCGAAAGCCCCGAGGAUUACAGUAAGAACCAGGUGACGAUAUCAUUCAAUACUGGAAUCGACACUCAGGCAGAUGCGUCUAACUCGGAUUCUGCAACCGUCUACGCCACGGGCAACUAUUUCCAAGCUGUGAACAUCAAUUUCGCAAACACAUUUGGCACAGCCGAUGACUAUGCUUCUUUGGGUUUCGCUGUGAAGAGCAGCAAGUACGCUGGACUUUACGGUUGUCAGGUCUACGGAAAUCAGGACGCCUUGUUAGUAAACGGUAACCUCUUCGCAUCCAACUCAUACUUCGAGGGCAACAUCGACAUGAUUUGGGGAAGUGGAGCCGCGUACUUCUUGAACUCGACCAUUUCACCAAAUGAGGAUAAAGUAUCCCUGACGGCUGACAAGAGAACUACAAACACCACUGCCGCAGGUUUUGUUUUCGACCAAUGUAUCAUCACUCCUGCAAAUGGGGCGUCUUUCACUCAGAUCUCCCUAGGUCGUCCGUGGAACUCUUUUGCUAGAGUUGCUUAUAUUGGCAGCUACCUGAGCUCAUGCAUCGAAGCAACCGGUUGGGACUACUGGUCCAAAUCUAACCCGCAAACGGAUGGCGUUAUAUUCGGAGAAUAUUCCAACUAUGGUCCAGGAGCAUCAGUCAGCGGACGCGCCUCUUUUGCCACACAAUUGACCGCCACAGAUGUUGCACAGUUCCAGCUUGCCAACUUCUUUGCUUCUACUGCUUGGAUUAAUCAGACUUUCGUUUGGUCGACCCCAUUCACGGCAAGCAAUCUUACUGUCCCUAGCUCGACAGUCACUGCUUCCACAAUAUCGUCUACCUCGUCUACCUCGUCCACCUCAUCUAUUUCGUCAACCAUUUUGUCGACUUCAACCAUUACCUUGACCGUCCCGACCACAGUAAAGACGACAGUUUUUGCUACUUUGACCGCAGCAGAUGUACUGGUAACGCAGACAAGCACGUCCACCCUUGACGUUGGGACAACAAUUACACCAUUGCCAACUACCAAGACGGAGACAGUCAAAUCCACCUCAACCAUUACUAACACGGUAACGGAGGGAGACAACGUUGUCACUGUGAAGUCAACGUCUAUUGUCGACGUUGGGGCUACGAUAACUCCUGGUGACUCGACGAAGACAAUAAAGACCACUUCUACUGUGAUCGAAAGUCGGGCCAUCACGACCACUGCUAAGGCAACAACUGUCAAUUCCAAAACAACGAUCACAAGCACAGCUACUUCAACCCCCAAGGGCUCAACGACAACUCUGUCUGAAGGAAGUACUACCACAGUCACUGCAACUGUGACUCCUGGCACUGCCAAGGUUACAAGCACGACUACUGUGACAGUGGGGACAGGUGGCACCACAACGACCUCGCUUAAGGCAACUACCACAACGUACCUGGUCACCACCACCUCCACUAAAACAGUCAAGACUACGACUACCGUCUCGUGUAUUCCAACAGCAGCGAAGGAAAAGCGCAGUGUUACUUUCGGAACGAGUGGUGCUCUUCCCAUCCUUGUCAGGGCUACAGUAGUGAAGCCUGCCACUACGGUGACAGUGUACUCGACCGUGGUCAGCGCUACAACGAAAGCCACUACUGUUGCAGGUUUGACGUCCACCACUAUAGUGGCUGUCACUCAGACAACUGGCAAGACGUCAACGCUCAAGCAGUCUACUGUUGUUGAGACUGCGACCUCGGUUGCUCUGAGGACUGCGGUUACCACGCUUCCUGGCUCCACGUCUACAACGACAAUCGUCACCACGAAGGCAACCGGCAAGACGACUACACUUCCGGUAAACACUAUCACCGCUCUCGAAAACGCGCUUGUAACCAAGACAACUUAUACGACAGUGGUUGUGCCGGGAUCGACUGUUACAGAUGUUGAGACAGAGACGAAGAAGGUGACAACCACACUGGGCGGCCAAAUUAUCACCGUGACCAAGAGCCAAGAUUCAACCAUCAAGACCACUCUGACACUCGCCACACCCACCACGACUGUUUGGAAGACAUCUACAAUUUCUGUUCGUCCCAGCGUGACCGAGUCCGUCCAGGCCACGUCGACCAAGACCAAGACCACCGCAGUCGUCACCACCUUCACAAGCACUGCAACCAAGACGAAAGCCGGAGCUACAACUUGCGCGACCCCUUGA